AGCGGCGGGGGAGCUGGGCCGCAGCUCGGAAUGCGAGGGACGUGAGGCCCGCAGUGCAACACUAGAUUUGUAAUGAAAUGGAGUCUGGCUCAAGUUCUUUUCGAGUGGAAUUUCCAGAUUUUUCUAGCACCAUUUUGCAGAAGUUAAACCAGCAGCGCCAACAAGGACAAUUAUGUGAUGUGUCCAUUGUAGUUCAGGGCCAUCUCUUCAGAGCCCAUAAAGCUGUCCUUGCAGCUAGUUCGCCUUACUUCUGUGAUCAGGUGCUCCUGAAAAAUAGCAGACGAAUAGUCCUGCCUGAUGUGAUGAAUCCUAGAGUAUUUGAAAACAUUCUUCUGUCUACCUAUACGGGUCGGUUGGUUAUGCCUGCUCCAGAAAUUGUGAGUUAUUUGACAGCAGCAAGUUUUCUUCAGAUGUGGCAUGUAGUAGAUAAGUGCACUGAAGUGCUAGAGGGGAAUCCAACAGUUCUCUGUCAGAAGAUGAACCAUGGCAGUGAUCAUCAGUCCCCAAGUAGUAGUAGUUACAACGGCCUUGUUGAAACCUUUGAACUUGGUUCUGGAGGACAGACAGAAUUCCACAAGGUGCAGGAGCUGAGGGAUGGUGAAAAUGAAGAAGAAAGUUCUAAAGAUGAACUAUCAUGUCAACUGACAGAACAUGAGUACCUUCCCAGUAAUUCUUCAACAGAACAUGAUAGACUCAGCACAGGCAUGACAAGUCAGGAUGGUGAAGAAGGGACUAGUGAUAGUGCAGAGUAUCAGUAUACAAGACCAAUAUAUAGCAAACCCAGCAUCAUGUCUCACAAGCGGUGGAUCCACGUGAAACCAGAAAGAUUUGAACAGGACUGCGAAGGUGUUGAUAAUCCUUAUGAUGAACACCAAGUUUCUGAAUCUGUGAAUGCCAUUCAGGCAGAUCAUUCAAUCCAGUCUUCAGGUGUUGAAGACUUUCAUAUAGGUGACAAGAAGAUGGAGACAGAAUUUGAUGAACAGGCAGAUGAAAGCAAUUAUGAUGAGCAAGUUGACUUCUAUGGCUCUUCUAUGGAGGAAUUUUCUGGUGAAAGGGCAGAUGGAAAUUUAAGUACUCACAGACAGGAUCUUAUGAUAGCAGGUUAUGGAGAAGGUAUUGAAAUGGCUACAGGAAUUAAAGAAGAAACAUCCCUCACUGGUUUCUCGCAUGCUGAUAAGCUGUAUCCUUGUCAGUGUGGUAAAAGCUUUACACACAAGAGUCAACGAGAUCGACACAUGAGUAUGCACCUUGGUCUUCGACCUUAUGGCUGUGGUGUCUGUGGUAAGAAAUUCAAAAUGAAACACCAUCUUGUUGGCCAUAUGAAAAUUCAUACAGGCAUAAAACCAUAUGAGUGUAAUAUCUGUGGGAAAAGAUUUAUGUGGCGGGACAGUUUUCACCGACAUGUAACUAUCUGUACCAAAUCCUAUCAAGCUUCUAAAGCUGAGCAGAGUACUACUGAGAUGAAUUAAAAUAUUAGUGCUUACAUUUCUUUGGUAGUGUAAGCAAAAUAAACUAAUUAUGCAAAUAAUAUCUGGUACUUGCUAUUGUGAAAUUUAAACUCUCAGAAAAACAGUCUAAUGAUUAUGCUGAUAUGAGUAUACCAGACUAUUUUUUAUUUUCUGCAGUAUGUGUGAAGUGCAAAUGAUUAAUCUGAAAGGUGCUUGCCAAAUUAGGCCUGUAAGGUAUUAGUGAUAUUGUUGUUUGCCCUUGCAGCAGUAUUCGGAAGUCCCAUUGUCUUCCUAAGUCUUGUAAAUUCAUAGUGAAACUCAAUUCUAAAUUGAGCCACACUCUGCAAAUAUUUGUGUAUUCCAAAUGUCCUCAAUGGGGAAGAGAACAACAGGGAUGCCCACACCAGGUGAUGUGGGUUACCUGUUGUAAAAUUUGCGUGAUUCCUGAUUUAAUGGAGAAAAAUAUAUAUAAUAUCACUUCAGUCUGGAAACUGCUAACACAUUUAACAUGCUUUAUUAAGUAGACUUUAUUGUAUUGCAUAAUGAAAGGCUGUAUUAAGGCUAGUUUUGCAUUUCUAUCUCUUCUGUUUUUAUCCAUCUUUACUAAAGAAAUCUAGUCUAAUUUUGUGUUUAUCUCUCUUUAAAGAGUCUGUAAAGCACUUAACUAUAGUUGAGCACUAUAUAAUCUUAAAACUAUUUUAAAUGUAAUUUGUCUUUGCUCCUCUAGGGUCUAAUGCUGUAUGACUCUUGGUUUGACCCUUUAUCUUGAUUGCUAUGUCAUGAAAGCUUUUAGAAGUGUGUAUAAUUAGUAUGUAUUAUCAAAAAAAAGGGGAGAUGUAAUAUUUGGAUCUUAUCCAAAAUACUGAAACAUUAUAACUGUAGUCGUAGGUUCAGUUGUUUAUAGCUUACUGCAGUAGCAAGUACCAAACUCUCUGUACAUUAACAAAAUGACUUUUUUGGUACUAAGAUUGUUUGAGAACUUCUAUGUUUAGAGAAAUGAUUUAGUCAUUGAUAGGUAUUUAUACAUUUAAUUCUUUACUGUUUGAACAUUGACCUAUAAUACAGAUCCUUGGUACUGAACUACUGUGACUGGUUACAUGUGAUCACAAGCAGCCAGAGUUGUUUGCCUCUCUGAAUGAAACUGCUUGUUGAAAAAAAGGUGGAAAGUAUUAUGUUUGGAUCCAUUAGUGGUACUGAAGAACAUGGUCACAUCUGAAGUCUGGAUUGUUGCUGGGGAAGUGGGACUCGUGCUCUGUUUGGUUCAGAUCGGUGUGCUGGUCUCAUUACUGGAGAAAGAUGGAGUGUUUAUGACUGAGAGCUGCUGCCAGCCCUGCAGGUAGAGUGAAAGCAUCAGGUGUAAAGGAGAUGAUAGGAUUUGGGGCUUGGAAGCUUAGUGCUUUCCUGUAGGA